AUGAACACCGCCACAGACGUCGAGUGGGUCGAGCCACUGCUUCUGUUCCGAGGUGUUUGCGCCCGCCCUCCGGCCGGCCCCCACUCCGGGUUAGGCGCGUUCACCCCACCUACCCACACCCGGCCCUCUUGGGAAGCACGUCCGAAUAGGACCGGCUUCCGGGAGGGCCUAGGCACUUCUUAA